AUGACAGUCUUGUUGAUGAAGAUCAUCGUCGUUUGUACAAUGAUUCUUUUAUUCGAGCCAUCUCUGUUCCUCACUUACUUACUUGAAUGUUCACCAGGUUAUCCUUGUGUAGUUGGCAGCUCUCACGGUUUGUUGUGCUUUAAGAUAAUUGAAAAGGAUUAUAAUUAUGAUUACUCUAACUUUAAUAUUAAUGAGAUGGUUGUUCUUUGGAAGCUUUCAAUAUGGAAACUCAUUCGUAUUCCAGUGCCUGAUUUCCCGAAUUAUAACUUUAGUAUUUAUAUGAGUGGGAAUUCUAACUAUGGUGAUGAUGAUGUUGUUGGUUUUGGGGUUUGUCCUGUCACUUUUGAUCCUACUAUUCUCAAGAUUAAACGUAUUGAUUAUCGGUCAGAAGCAAAAGAUAAAUGCCUCCUUUGGAGAGUUAGAGUUUUUACUUUGAGCAGGGGGACUUGGAGUAUUCUAUCUACCGGUCUUCACUGUGAGUCAAUUAGACUUAGAGGGUCUGAGGUUGUUAUCGAUAAGUUUAUUUAUUGGGUUGCUUUUGAUAUGCUUCAUUCUAAAGAUGGUCAAUCACCUUUUCUGGUCAUGUCAUUUGAUUUGACCGCCAAGGAAUUUAAAGAGAUAAAUCUCACGGAUUGUUUAUCAAACCGACUUUGUAGAAUUCAAACUAUAUCUGAGCUACGGGAGUCUCUUGUUUUGAUUGAAUACCAUAAAGAGAAAGGCGUAUCAGUUUGUUGUCUAUGGAUGAUGAAGGAGCAAGGUGUUAAUAGAUCGUUUACAAAGCUAUACAACAUCAACGUGCCACACUGCCACAUGCCAAAAUAA